GUCUGAUCCGAUGCCGGCAGUCGAGUGCUAGCACGCAAGCUGUAAGGUUGUAUAAUGUCGCUGCAUGUGGCAAGUGAAAUGCAGUGGCUGCACUCAGUGCUGCCGCAAAUACUGCGCAGUGGACGACUGCUGGACAAUUACGAAGAGACGCAGCUGUCCAGCUUCAAAGUGCUGAGCAUAGAUGUUGAGCCAAUUGGGAUCGAUGAGGCCUAUAUGAUGACGCUAUGCUAUAGAGCAAGCAUACGCUUCGAAUACGCAGGCCAGCUGGCGCUAAAAAAAAUGAUUGUUAAAAAAUCGCCUGUGUUGCCGCCAGAUAUGUACAAUAAGCUGCAGUUUGAUGUGAUGUUUUACAAUGAGAUAAGCUUCUAUACGGAGAUUUUGCCCAUGAUACAGCAACUGGCGCAGGGCAACUUUGCUGCACCCAAGUAUUAUCAUAGCGAGCGUCAAGCGCAGGCAGCGCUUAUAGUGCUGGAAGACUUUGGCACCGCGGGCUGGCGCAUUACCGAAGAUAGAUAUGGCCUGAGUUUAGAGCACGCAGUCAUAGCAGUUAAAUACUUGGGUAAAUUUCAUGGCUUUGGCUAUGCUAUAAAACAGCAGCAGCCGCAACGCUUUGCGCUGCUGUGCAGCAAGUUGAAGGAGUCACGCUUCAAUCGCUCGGAGCUGCCUGCAGCCUGGCAGCUAAAGCAUGAAGCUAUACACAAGCGCAUGCUGCAGUCCGUCUUUAAGCAUCAGCCGCAGCUGGAUAAAAAGUUUAUAGAACAUUUCUAUGUGCUUACAAGCGAUUAUCUGAGUUAUGGCCGACAGCGUGUGGCGCCACGCGAACCACUUGCCACGCUUUGUCACGGCGAUUAUCUGCGCAAUAAUGUCGCCUAUAAAUACAAUGAGCUUGGUGAACCUUUGGAUAUCAUGAUGUUUGACUAUCAGACCAUGCGUCUCUGCUCGCCAAUGGUGGAUCUCUGCGUCUUUCUCUCACUUUCCAUUUUGGCUGACGUGCGUUACGCGCACUUUGAUGCGCUUUUUGAUGCUUAUGGUGACGCCUUGUUUGCAAGUUAUAAACAACAUGCGCAGCAGUCGCUGCCCGCGUAUCUGAAUCGUGAAACGUUGCUUAAGGAAUACGUACGUCAUCUGCCUUAUGCCAUAACCAUAGCCUCGUUCUUCUUGGCAGAGAUGGUGGAGCCACGCAAGGAAGCGCUGGAGGAGCUUGUCAGCGAUAUGACAGAUCAGCAGAUAAUAGAACAGGCAAUGACCAAAGGUGGUGAACUGGUCGAUCAGGAAGUAGCGCAUCAGCUGAAAGAAUUAUAUGAGCUAUGUCAAAAACAUCAUGUGCAUAUAGCUGAUGAUAUAGAUAUGUCGACCUGGGCUGAUAAGGCGCUCAACGAUUAUUGUUAUCUAAUAAAAUAAAAGUAUAAGCUAUUUUUAUUGUUAUUGAGCGCUUAU